CAGUGACACUGACAGUUGACGUUUUCCGUUCCGCGGCGACGGCGAACGAGUGUGAAAAGAAGGAAAUUAAAAUAAAACGUGUCACACUUAGAAAUUCUACACUUUUUCCAAGUUUUAUGGAUUUUUUUAUCUAAAGCAAAUGCUUGUAAAAGAUAAAAGAUGGCAAAUCUAGACCGCAAAGGUACUUUCAAGGUAGAAUACCUUCAGGAAAUUGAAAAGCAUGUACAGGAACGAUGGGAGCAAGAAAAGAUUUACGAAGUGGAGGCACCUGAUGAACCUUGUGAGAAGUUUAUGUGCACCUUUCCAUAUCCUUAUAUGAACGGGCGACUUCAUCUUGGGCACACAUUUUCUCUAUCAAAAUGUGAGUUUGCUGUGAGGUACUUCAGAUUGAAAGGCCGGCGUGUUCUCUUCCCUUUCGGUUUCCACUGUACUGGAAUGCCUAUUAAGGCAUGUGCUGACAAAUUAAAAAGGGAAAUGGAACUGUAUGGAUGCCCUCCAAACUUUCCUAAUGAAGAUUUUACUGAGGAAAAGGAAGAAAAAGAGGAUUUAGUUCCCAAGGACAAAAGCAAAGGAAAAAAGAGUAAAGCGGUUGCCAAGACAGGAGCAGCAAAAUAUCAAUGGCAGAUCAUGCGUAGUAUUGGUGUCCCUGAGGAGGAGAUAAAGGAGUUUGCUAACGAGAGCUACUGGCUGGAGUAUUUUCCACCCCUGGCAGUAGCUGAUCUGAAGAGAAUGGGACUUCACGUUGACUGGCGCAGAAAAUUUAUCACAACUGAUGCGAAUCCAUUUUACGACUCGUUCAUAAGGUGGCAGUUUUAUCAUCUUAAAGAGCGCAAUAAGAUCAUGUAUGGGAAGAGAUACACUAUAUUCUCUCCUUUGGACAAACAACCUUGCAUGGACCACGACAGGAGCACUGGGGAGGGGGCUGGACCUCAAGAAUAUACUCUUAUUAAAAUGGAGGUGCUACAACCUCUGCCUGAUGUACUUAAGGUAUUCAAUGGAAAACCAGUCAGCUUUGUAGCAGCGACCCUUCGCCCAGAGACCAUGUAUGGUCAAACGAAUUGUUGGGUCCACCCUGAAAUUAAAUAUGUCGCAUUCGAAACUGUAAAAGACGGCAUUUUCAUAUGCACGAAACGUGCUGUGCGAAAUAUGUGUUACCAAGGUUUUACUAAAAACGAUGGACAAUUUGAAAUUCUAUUAGAAAUAGUAGGACAACAAUUGUUAGGUAUUGCUCUGAAAUCUCCAUUCACUUGUUACCCAAAAAUUUAUGCUCUUCCAAUGUUGACAAUAAAAGAAGAUAAAGGUACGGGAAUCGUUACCAGUGUUCCGUCAGAUUCUCCCGACGAUUACGCGGCUAUGGUCGACUUACAAAAGAAACUAGCUUUUAGGGAAAAAUAUGGUAUCGCUGACGAUAUGAUCCUGCCUUAUAAACCAGUGCCAAUUCUCGAGAUUCCCGAAUUCGGUAAUCUGGCCGCCGUAAAUUUGUACGAUAAGUUGAAAAUCCAGAGUCAGAAUGACAAGGACAAGUUGACUCAGGCUAAAGAAAUGGUAUACCUCAAAGGUUUCUACGAUGGUGUUUUAUUAGUGGGCGAAUAUAAAGGCAGUAAGAUACAGGAUGUAAAAAAGAAAAUACAAACGAGACUUAUUGAAGACGGAGGCGCUGUAGUGUACUAUGAACCUGAGAAAACAAUAAUGUCAAGGUCAGGAGAUGAGUGUGUUGUAGCUCUCUGCAAUCAAUGGUAUUUGGACUAUGGCGAUGAAGAAUGGACGGUGCAAGCGGAAAAGGCUUUGGCGGCAAUGAACACGUAUCACGAUGAAGUUCGGAAGAAUUUCCAGACGACUCUUAGGUGGCUUCAUGAAUACGCUUGUUCUAGGACAUAUGGCCUUGGGACAAAAUUGCCUUGGGAUCCACAGUGGGUGAUAGAAUCUCUGUCGGACUCCACAAUCUAUAACGCGUACUACACCAUCGCUCACUUCAUUCAAGGCGACACGUUUAGAGGGAACGCCGAAAACGCGCUUAAAAUUAAACCCGAACAAAUGACUAUUGACGUUUGGGACUAUAUAUUUUUCAAAGACGCUCCAUUCCCGAAAUCGACUAAGAUUCCCAAAAAAUCGUUAGAUCUGAUGAAGAAGUCGUUUCAAUUCUGGUAUCCAGUCGACCUGAGAACAUCGGGGAAGGACCUUAUACAAAACCAUUUAACGUACUACAUUUACAAUCAUUGUGCUAUUUGGGAUAAGGAGGAAGACAAAUGGCCUAAAGGCGUCCGGGCCAAUGGUCAUUUGAUGUUGAACUCCGCUAAAAUGUCCAAAUCUGAGGGGAAUUUCCUCACAUUGUCGGAAAGUUUGGAUAAAUUCAGCGCGGACGCUAUGAGGCUUACUUUAGCUGAUGCGGGGGAUUCGGUGGAGGACGCUAAUUUUGUCGAAAAUACCGCCGAUGCGGCGAUUUUGAGGCUGUUCACGUUUAUCGGAUGGGUGAAGGAAAUAAUUGCAACAGAGGCCAGUUUUCGAUUAGGCGACUACAAUUUCCACGACAAAGUUUUCCUUAGCGAGAUAAACACUAAGAUUAAUCAGACUGACGAGAACUACAACAAACUGCUGUUCAAGGAAGCCUUGAAGACCGGCUUCUUUGAGCUGCAAGCGGCUCGGGACAAGUACAGGGAGCUGUGCUCUGAGGCGGGGAUGCACUACGAGCUGGUCACACACUACAUUGUGACGCAGGCCAAGUUGAUCUUGCCAAUAUGUCCGCACGUGGCCGAACAUGUUUGGGAACUUGUUGGAAAUAAAGAAAGCAUUCUUCACGAGCGUUGGCCUGUCGCAGACAAAGUAGACGAAGCGGCGGUCAAAGCCAGCAACUACUUGAUGGAGGCGGCGCACUCCUUCCGGAUAUAUCUGAAGAACCAUUGCGCUGUUAAGAAACCCAAGAAAGGGGAAGCCCCCAAACCAGAACCUAAACCGAAUAAAGCUAUUAUAUGGGUGGCUAAGGAGUUUCCGAAGUGGCAACAUAUCAUUUUGAGCACACUCAAACAGCUUAAUGGGCUCUCCGGCCUCCCAGACAACAAGAUAAUCUCGACCAAGCUGGCGGAGAUCCCCGAACUGAAGAAGUACAUGAAGCGAGUGAUGCCGUUCGUGCAGGCGACGAGAGAGAACAUGGAGCGAGUGGGCGCGGACGCGCUGUCCGUGGCGCUGCCGUUCGACGAGGCGGCCGUGGUCACCGACAACCUGCAGUAUUUGCUGCACACGCUAGAUCUGGACUCAAUCGAAGUGCGCCACACGGACAGCGACGGCGCGCCGGAGAAGUCGCGCGAGGAGUGCGCACCGGGCAGCCCGCACGUGACGUUCGCGAGCGAGCCGCGCGCGCGCGUCACGCUGCUCAACCCCGCGCCACGCUCGGGCCUGUUCGCCGCCGCGCUCGCGCUCGCUGACGGCGACUCGGUGGCCCGGCUCAAGGCCAAGCUCGUUAAAGAAGUCAAAGCUAUUAAAGAAGUGAACUCUCUAAAGAUCUGGAGGUACAAGGACCCUGUCCUCGGACCUCGGAAGAUACCAGUCAUCGGAGACUACGUGACCAAGUGCGUGGCGCUGGACAAUGCGUCAGUGUUCAAAGUGGACGUGGACAAGGACGCCGUCGAGUUGGUACACAACGGAACGAAUAUCAAUGUCGGGCUCCAACUUUUGUAUACUUACGAGUGAUGUGCUAAUAAAUAAUUUAUUUAUUUAUUAUUAUAAA